GUCAGGUUAAACGCGGUGAAGCAACGUGUAUUUUGAAAUCCUCUAAUGGGAUUAAAUGUUACGUGGAGUGAGAGACAGGGAAGCCGAUAUCUCGAGUGGAAUUGUCAAAAGCCUUGCAAGUAAAAACACAGCUCCACCGAGUGCACCUGCUCGCUACAAGAGUCAGUGGCGCGGUACUGUGCCUUUAAGUAUGCGUAGGUGCUGACCGGCGUGCGCCUGCGAGUCAAGCGGGCUCUCGGUGCGUGCUCUCCCGCAGUGACAUGGCGUAAAAAACGGCGCGAGCAUCCUCUCCUCCCAGCGCCAUGGACGCAGUGCGCACGACGACGACGACGUUGCAGGUGAUAACGGCGCUAAUGGUGAUGGUGGCGUCCGGCCAGGAGGACGCCGAGAUGGAGGAUCUCGUGACGGAAAAGGAAGCCGAGGAGAGCCACCGGCAAGACAGCGUCAAUCUGCUGACCUUCAUCCUACUGCUCACUCUCACUAUCCUCACCAUAUGGCUCUUCAAGCACCGGCGUGUACGCUUCCUUCACGAAACCGGCCUGGCCAUGAUUUACGGUCUGCUGGUGGGUGUCAUCCUACGUUAUGGCAUCCCGGCCACCAGUUAUCGCAACAAGAGCCCGCCCAGCUGCACGCUGGCCAAAGGGCCCGCCAGCAGCAGCCUGCUGCUCAACGUCAGCGGCAAGUUCUUUGAGUACACGCUCAAAGGCGAGAUCGACUCACGUGACAUUCACAAUGUGGAGCAGAACGACAUGCUGCGGAAGGUUACCUUCGACCCAGAAGUUUUCUUCAACAUCUUGCUGCCUCCCAUCAUCUUCCAUGCAGGCUACAGUCUUAAGAAGAAACACUUCUUCAGGAAUUUGGGCUCCAUUCUCACUUACGCAUUCCUUGGCACCGCUGUCUCAUGUUUCGUGAUUGGGAAUCUUAUGUACGGCGUGGUCAAACUGAUGCAAGUGCUCGGACAGCUGAAUGACAAGUUUUACUACACCGACUGUCUUUUCUUCGGCGCCAUCAUCUCCGCCACCGAUCCAGUGACAGUGCUGGCCAUCUUCAAUGAAUUACACGCGGAUGGCGACCUGUACGCGCUGCUGUUCGGGGAGAGCGUCAUGAACGACGCCGUGGCUAUUGUGCUAUCAUCCUCCAUCAUGGCAUACCAGCCAAGAGGUGCUAACACGCACAUGUUUGACGCCUUGGCCUUCUUCAAAUCUGUGGGAGUCUUCCUAGGAAUUUUCAGCGGUUCCUUCAUGAUGGGCGCCGUCACUGGGGUGGUCACCGCUCUCGUGACCAAGUUCACCAAGCUACAUUGCUUCCCACUGCUGGAGACAGGCCUUUUCUUCCUCAUGUCCUGGAGCACCUUCCUGCUGGCCGAGGCCUGCGGAUUCACUGGUGUGGUCUCUGUCCUUUUCUGCGGCAUCACACAAGCUCACUAUACCUACAACAACCUCUCCGUGGAGUCCACCAAACGAACUAAGCAGCUCUUCGAGGUGCUUCACUUCCUUGCUGAGAACUUCAUCUUCUCCUACAUGGGCCUGGCCUUGUUUACCUUCCAGAACCACAUCUUCAGCCCUAUCUUCAUCGUGGGUGCUUUUAUUGCCAUCUUUUUGGGACGCGCCUUCAACAUCUACCCCCUGUCUUUCCUUCUCAACCUGGGCCGCAGGCACAAAAUCAAAGGAAACUUUCAACACAUGAUGAUGUUUGCUGGAUUACGUGGGGCGAUGGCGUUCGCCUUGGCCAUCCGUGACACGGCCACUUACGCCCGCCAGAUGAUCUUCACCACUACACUGCUCAUCGUCUUCUUCACCGUGUGGGUCUUUGGAGGCGGGACCACACCCAUGUUGUCUUGGCUGCACAUCAGGGUGGGGGUGGACCCCGAUCGAGACCUGCAGCCUUCUGCAGGCACCUUCCAAGUUCUGCUAGAGGAUGUUCCGCAGGCUGGAGGGCAGAGCAGAACCAAACAGGAGAGCGCUUGGCUCUUUAGAAUGUGGUACACUUUCGACCACAACUACCUGAAACCCAUCCUGACGCACAGUGGCCCCCCGCUCGCCACGACGCUACCCGCCUACUGCGGACCCCUAGCCAGCUGUCUGACCAGUCCACGCGCUUAUGAGAACCCAGAGCAGCAGAGGGACCCAGACGGCGAGGACGGCGACCUGUCCUUCACGUUCGGCGACGCAGCCAUCGCCACCAACGGACUGUCCGGUGACACCGGCAGCACGACGGGUCGCAAGUCCGACGGAAAACGCGGCGGCAGCUCGUCCGAGGAGCUUUUAGAGUGCGAGUCGGACUCUCGAGAGAUCCCGAGCAGGGGCACGCGAUUGGUUUUCCCCAUCCAAGAUCACAUUUGAAACAUGAACAUUUAUUACCUCCGCCGAGGAACUUAAGUUUCCGUCAUCAGUGUUGAUUUUUUUUGUUUUGUUUUGUUCGUUUUUUCAUCAAACUUGGCCAAACAUGACUUGAUAUAAGUUUCUACCUGACAAUUUUAUCUGUUUUUUUUACUUGUUUGUUUGAAACUUGCUGGCCGAAACGAUGUGAUUUAGCCAAUAAUUCCACGAUGCCUGAAUCUACAUAUAACAAAAUAAAAAGCAAUGGGUGGUAAUCAUAAGAACAAGAAAAUAAUAAUAAAAAUGACAAAAUGUAAAAUAAAUUUAUUGAAAAAAUUUUUUUUAAAAUAUUUUAAAACUAAUAAAAUGAAUAAAUAACUAUAAAAUACAUUUUAAAUAUAAAAAGAUUUUUUUAAAUACUAAAAGGAAAAUUUUGAAAAUAAAAAAAACUUAUAUAUGAAUUAUUAUUUUUUUUUUUUUGAUAGGCACUCUUAACUCAUUGACAGCACUAGACGUCCAAUCCAUUUUGAAAAUGAUUUGACAUCUAGCGCCGUCAUUCAUUUUAAUUCAAUUUAUACUUUUUUUUUUUAUAAUUAUAUAAAAAUGAUACCAAAAAAUACAAUAGUGAUUAAUAGUAAGAAAAAAAUUGCUAAUAUUAAAAAAAAAUUAAAUGACCAAAAAUAGUUAAAGGCUCUAUUGCUCUAUAAAAGUUAUUUUUUAAAUUUAAGGCAAUUGAAGGAAUCUGACCUUUUAGCCAGAUUGCCGUAAUCACACCAGCCGAACCGCCGGAACCAUGCUAGCGCAAUUCCAAUAACCCGGGCUGGCGGAAAUCCGACAACCCGUCCAAAAGGCCAAACUCCGCGCAUUCACCUUAGUCUUAACCCCUUGUACUGACUCCAUUUUAUAAGCCGGAAAAAGGCUUCGGAACACAAGUUGAUAAUUUAUUCCAAGUCGGCAGCAAUCAUAAAGCACAGAAAGACCCAGGCGAGGAGCCAAACUGGAUCCUGGGUUGCCAUAUCACAAGUCAACAAAAGAUUCCCGAGAAAAAUGACAACGAGUAUUUAAUCAUUCAGUCUUCUAAAGGCUCUGGUGAAACGGGCUUUGGUCCGGAAGAGGGUGUGUUUGGGCGUUGUUUUGGAUUCUUCUCUGUUGUGGAUUGGGCUGGAGGGUUUCGGGCGUUACUGUUGUCAGUGCAACGAGAGUUGAAGAUUUUGCCAUGCUCAGCAUCAUGUGAGUGCCGAGUGGUCACUUCAUCCGCAUCAGAUGUUCCUUGUGGCAAGACAAGAUGUCCCGCCAUUCGUUCUGGACUGUCCAAAAGCGCUUGUUGCAGGAUUUGGUGAUGCAGAUGUGGGCUUGCAGAUGUCUUGCCUAUCACCUGCUUGUCAGCGUCAAUCUUGCUCAGUCAGCUGCAUGAUGCGCGUAUUGGACUUCCGUGGUCAGAGGACGUCCUGUAUCUGUUCUACCCUUAUCUGCCCGUUGUUUUGCCACUCCAAAUUCUAAUCAUUUAAAGUCCAACUUUUCAUAAUAUCAAAUAUAUUCUGCUUGGUUUUCUUAAACUAUGAUAUAAAUUGUUGGAGUAAUACAAACAGCCAAAUAGUAAAUACAAGAAAAGAUGCUAUUCCCUUCACAACACUUGGUAACUUUUCAGUUUUACUUGAUUUUAGCGACGCCGGUGGACAAAAGCAGUAGUGUUUUACGUUAAGGAAGGCUGCGUUUACCAUGAAGACCAGUGCACACCCGCACAGUGUUGUAAAAUCAUAAAUGAAUCAAAAAUACAUAUCCCGGUCACCUGCAGAUGGAUUAAACAACAUUUCUGUUUCCAGCGACUGUGUGAAGGAUGAAUAGUAAUAAGGUAAUGAAUGCAGUUGUGGCUAAACAAUAGCAUAUGACGGUUAGCAACCGUGUGGCUAACCGCCAAAUAAUCCAUUGAUCUGCUCGAUAAGCUAACCAAGUUUUGGAUGGUUUAUUAUUAGUGAAUAUGUAGCAGAAAAUCCAAAAAUUAAAGGCUCAUUUUUCCCAAACAAUUCAAGCCCAAAUGUCCUCAAACACUGGAAUGACCCCUAAACAGAGCUGCUAUUUAUGUUAGGCCGGCAGAAAAAAACGAAAAUUAAUAAGCGUAAUUCCACCAAAGGCUUAAGUUUAGCAUGCGAACCGAACAACAUAAGGGUGGUGCAGGGGACGUGUUGCCCCUCCAGACAUCUCCGCAGGCGCUCGGCCAGCUGCAGUCAGUGUAAAAUGAAUCACAAUGACCCGCUUUGUCCGUGCACUCGCAUGAUUGUCAACAACAGCGGCUGUGUAUCUGCUGCUUUUUCAACCUCCUUAACGAUCAAUCUAGCUUUGAAAUUGCAUUACAUGCUGUUCAAAAGUUUGGGGUCACGCAGACGAUUUUGUGUUUUCCUUGAAAGGUCACACUUAUUUUUCAAAUGAUUUGCGAGAUGAAUAGAAAAUAUUGUCAAGACAUUGACAAAGUUAGAAAUUUCUCGUCAGCACAGGGAUCACACUCCUCAAACAUCCUGGUAGUCUAUUCAGGGGUGCUGGAGCGGAGGGUACGUCAGGAAAUUAAAUCUCAGAUUCAGGAGGAGCAGUGUGGUUUUCGCCCCUGUCGUGGAACAGCCUCGGCAGGGUCCUCAAGGGUGCAUGGUAGUUAGCCCAACCGAUCUACAUGUGUUUUGUGGAUUUGGAGUCAUCACCUUAUUGUGGUGGAGGGGUUUAGGUGUUCCAGUCAGCGUAGGAGCUACAGUGUAUCACAAAAGUGAGUACACCCCUCGUAUUUCUGCAGAUAUUUAAGUAUACAGUGGAGAGAACAAGUAUCUGAUACACUGCUGGUUUUCCCACUUGCAAGCAAUGUAGAGGUCUGUAAUUUGUCUCAUAAGUUCUCUUCAACUGUGAGGGACGGAAUCUAAUACAAAAAUCCAGAAAAUCAUGUUGUAUAAUUUUUAAAUAAUAAAUUUGUGUUUGACUGCAUGAAAUAAGUAUUUGAUACAUUACCAACUAGUAAAUAUUUCGGCUCUUAGUUCUUUUUUAAGAACCCCUCCUGUUCUCCACUCAUUACCGGAAUUAACUGCACCUGUUUGAACUUAUUACCUGUAUAAAAGACACCUGUUCGCAUGCUCAAACAAACUCCAACCUCUCCACAAUGGCCAAGACCAAAGAGCUGUGUAAGGACAUCAAGGCUGGGAUGGGCUACAGGAAAAUAAGCAAGCAGCUUGGUGAGAAGGUAACAACUGUUGGAGCGAUUAUUAGAAAAUGGAAGAAGUUCAAGUUGACGGUCAAUCUGCCUCGUUCUGGGGCUCCGUGCAAGAUCUCACCUCGUGGGGCAUCACUGAUCAUGAGGAAGGUGAGGGAUCAGCCCAGAACUACAUGGCAGGACCUGGUCAAUGACCUGAAGAGAGCUGGAACCACAGUCUCGAAGAAAACCAUAAGAAACACAUUACGCCGUCAUGGAUUAAAAUCCUAC